UUACGAACUCACUUCGUACCAUUCUCCACACUUCUUCUCUCUCUCUCUCUCUCUCGCUCCCUCUCAAAUUAAAGGAAAAAAAAAAAAAAACCCUAGACACUCCAUAUCUCCCUCUUAAAUCCCCAAAUCUCGCUAUCCAAAUCUCUUGUUCUUACCUCUCUUGAUUCGUCCCUUUCAGAUGGGUUUCUAGGGUUUCAAUGGUGUAAGAUUCAAGCCAGAGUCUCAGAUUUCCGAGGAUCUGUAUAUAUAAGUUCUUAUCUUUUUAUAUUUACACACAAAACACAUCAACAAUGACAUCGUUGGAUAAAGAGCUCGAGCAACAGCUUAUGGAAGCUGGAACUAAGCUUGUUAACCCUCCUUCUUCGGUUGAUGAACUUCUUCCUCUUCUCGACCAAGUCGAGAAUUGUUUAUCAAAAGUGGAGCAGUCCCCUACAAAAUCAAUGCAAGGUGCACUUGCCCCAUCUUUGAAAGCACUGGUUGCAGAGCAACUCUUUAGGCAUCCAGAUGUUGAUGUGAAAGUAGCAGUUGCAUCUUGCAUUAGUGAAAUAACCAGAAUAACAGCCCCAGAUGCUCCUUAUGAUGAUGAUCAGAUGAAGGAUGUUUUUCAGCUGAUCGUGUCAUCAUUUGAAAAUCUAGCUGACAAGUCUAGUCGGUCAUAUGAUAAAACGACUUCAAUUCUCGAAACUGUUGCAAAAAUUAGGUCAUGUGUGGUGAUGUUGGAUCUUGAAUGUGAUGCUCUGAUAAUUGAGAUGUUCCAGCAUUUCCUUAGUGCUAUACGGGAUUAUCACCCAGAGAAUAUUUUUUCAUCCAUGGAGACCAUAAUGACUCUUGUCUUAGAAGAAAGUGAAGAUAUCUCUCUGGAUCUACUUUCUCCUCUUUUAGCUAGUGUGAAAAGGGGCAACGAGGAAGUUCUACCUGUUGCACGUAAGUUGGGAGAGAAAGUACUUGAAAAUUGUGCUGUCAAGGUUAAGCCCUACUUGCAACAUGCUGUGAAAUCUUUGGGUAUUUCUUUAGAUGAUUACAGUGAAAUAGUUGCCUCUAUAUGCCAAGAGACAUCUGGUACUGUUGAGCAAAAUGAUGCCCAUACUGCUGAUGAAAAUAAAGUUGAAGAAAGCAAACCGGCUGGAGAAUCAUUGGAUGAGGCUGCGCAGGCUGAUAAAGAGAUAACAGCUGAAGCUUGUUCUCCUAAACAAGCUGAUCCUAUAAAUGACCAAUCUCCUAAAUCAGUUGUGAGCAAUGGUGUUGCACAGACGGGUGAAGAUGACUCCUUGGCAGAUUCAGGUUCCUUAAAGAAGCAGGAUGAUGAUAAAGAUGCUGAUCAGUUGAAAAGCAUUGACAUGUCGAGAAAUGUUGGAAUUGAUAUUUUGGAUACUGAGAAGGCAGUUAAUGAGGAAAGCAAGCCCGAACAGGAAACCAAAAACAAAGGUGGGAAACCUAAUUCAUCAGUAAAGUUGGCAGAACCAUCUGAGAGUUCUCAUAUUGGUGCUGAAAAGGAUGCUGAAAAACUACUGGAUGGUAGAACUCACAGCAAGGAUGUUCCUGGUUCUCCUCGUGAGCAAGCGUCUGUUGAGGCAGCUGUGUCUUCUGAAAAUAAAAAAGAGGCUGGAAGUAGUCAGCCUUCCUCUCCUAAGGCACUAGAGGGUGAGUCUAUGACUGUUGCUUCUCCAUCUGGAAGUGAAAACCUUCUUGAUGAAAGUCUUUCCAAGAAGGCUGGGCGAUCAAAGAAGAAAGAGAGUUUGACCAAAGAUUCUGAACUAUCCGCUGAUGAUGUUUCCAGAAAGGCAACUGAAGGAACCAGUGACUCGGAAGCAAAACCAAAUAAGCGAUCUGCAAGAAAGGCACCUGCUAGGGUUUCCAAUGAGGAAAAGGCACCAAUGGUGACAGAUGCUUCCAAGAAGGAAAGCAGCACUACAAGUGAAUCAGAAGCAAAACCACUGAAGCUGUCAUUAAAGAAGGUGGAUGCAAGCAGUAACAAUGAUGAUGAAUCCUCUUUAAAUCAAACUGGGGAUAAGAAACAUCGCAGCCGUGGAAAAUCUAUUUCAGAAAAAAAUGUGACCAAAAGUUCAGCUAAAGAUGAUGACAAGGAAAAGGUCUCUUCACCAAAGUCAGCUGCAAAAUUAGCAAAAGAUGAGCAUAAAUUGGAGGAGACUCCCAAGGUUGACAGCAAGAGGAAGCGUUCCUCAGGCAAUGAAAAGGCUUCUGGCACUAGAGAAUAUGAUGCUAGUCUGGUUGAUUUGAGGGUUAAAGUUUGGUGGCCAAAAGAUCGCACAUUUUAUGAGGGGGUGAUACGAUCUUAUGAUCCUGUUAAAAAGAAGCAUGAGGUUGCCUAUGAUGAUGGGGAUACAGAAAUAUUAAAUCUUAAGAGGGAAAAGUGGGAAAUUAUUGAAGAUGAGUCUGCACCAGAUGAGGGAGAAUCAACUGAUCGCCAAAGUCCAGAUGUUCCAUCUGAAGUGCCACCGAAGAAGAAGGUGAAAACAAAUACUGAUCAGUCUUCUAAGCAAGGAAAGGUGGAUGAUGCUUCUCCAUUGAGGGGUGCGGGAGGUUCCUCCAGCAAAUCCAAGAGCGCAGCAACAAAAUCUGGACGAAAAUCAAAGGAAGUAGGUAAAACAGAUGGCAAAUCAACAGAUGAUUCAAAAACUGCUAAAAAAGCAGAGGAUGAUAAGGUUGGCAAAACUAAGGAUAUUACCAAUAAAAGUGGAAGUAAAUCUGCUGAUGUUACUUCAAAAUCAGCCAGCGAAUCAAAAAAUGAUGACAUCACGACAAGCAAGACUGGCAAGUCCAAAGAGGAUGGGAUGAGGACACCCAACACUUCCAAGUCCAAGCAAGAAACCAUGAAGUCCAGCAAGUCCAAGCAAGAUACUCCAAAAAUUAGCUCUAAUGCCAAGGGUAAAUCCCCAAAGAGUGGUGGCAAAUCUAGUGUUAAUGGUACUGGAAAGUUGAAAUCUGGUUCAUCAAAGGUGAAAGAAAUCGAGGAAAAGGAGAACUCAGAUUCAGGAAAAGCACAAGAAAGCGCGAAGGGGAAAUCUCUAAGCUCAUCCAAAGGACAAGGAAGUGAGGUGAAGAGUGGAAAAAAGCGGCGGAGAGUUUAAAUUUACCAGUCUAUCAUAACUGCUACUUAUUGCAGCAAAGCUGUGCCAUGUCUGGGCAUAUCAUUAUGAACCCUAGUGCCUUUAGUUGCAGCUUUGAUGUCUGAGCGCCACAUUCACACAGUAAGGCAUUGUUUGUGUAUUUGGUGUCAUCUUUGACAUAAUUCCUAGGUUGUGGCAUGGGCUAUGUCAAAAAGUUUUAGUCUAAUUUAUAGUGGUUGUAGGGUUAGUUUUCCUUCUACUAUUGUUUCUAGAUGGAAUUUAAUGUUGUUUGGGAGUGACAGUAGAAUACAUUGGGUUAGCUUUUUGUUAAAUAGGUGCGUUUAUAGAUAAUGUCACAGAUUCACAAUCA